GGACACGCGAGAGCUUACGAGGUCAUAUGCUUCAAGUGGGUCUCCAACUCUCCGAGAGGUGAAAACAGUUGUUUACUAUCUCUGUUAGAGUGCCCCAUGUUUGUAAUUAUUGGAUGCCCUGAAAAAUGUGCCCGGGAAUUUUAAAGAUUUAUGACACAGGAGGACGAUAAUAGUGAUCAGUAACAAUGUCACAGACAUCAGUGGAUAAUUUUGUUACAGUCGUAUCGGUUGGAACUAGAGAAAAACCCGGAAGUAAUGAAGACAUCAAUUUUGAUUCCAGUGGUUCAGGAUAUGUAACAGUGUUAACCAUUGGCGAUGAAGAAAAUAAAAAAAAUAUAAAAGAUGUAACAGAGGAAGUGAUAGUGUAUAGGUUACCUGGGGAGAGAUUGGGAUUUGGACUAAAAUUUGAAGGAGGUACUAAAGCUAGUGAAUAUGUGAAACGUCUAUUUAUUCAGUCGUGUGCAGCAGAUAGUCCAGCUUCUAGAGUAAAAAGUUCAUGGGGAAAACUAACAGAGGGGGACGAAGUUUUAGAUAUCGAUUCAGUUCCAGUUAAUACUAUGACAAGAAUAGAUUGUGUGAGAUGCUUGAAAGAUUCAAAUGUGGCCAUAAAGCUAUUAGUGCGGCACACAUAUGACCAAGAAAACAAAAACAAUAUAGAAAACUCACCUUUAAUCAUUAGUGCGGAAGAAAAAAGGGUUCCUCCUCCUCCCCCUCCAGUCCCCCCAAGAAAAAUAUCGAGAAAACUACAUAAAAAUCUAAACAAUAAUAUUAAUAAAGAACCCACACAAGAAAUUGAAAAUAAUAAUACAAUUAAUAGAAAUACAGAAACUAAUAAACAAAAGAAGUUGCAAUCACCUAGAGGUAGCGUCCGUUCUUAUAACUCGCCAGAUAUUGCAAGAAGGGAUAGACGAUUUUCUGAUGGCAGUCUCGGACCACCGGAUGCUGAAGUUUAUGUUGAUCUUUUUCUUCAAGAAUCAACACAAAGUUUAAGCGAAUCUGAUGAUACAGGUAGUACUAUUUCCACGGUAAUCGAUAGGUUUCCCACAACUACUCCUUCUAGUAUUUCUGGAAGUUUACCAUCCACUCCAACGGCAUUACAAAAACAUCUGGAUAUAUCUAAUAUUAGCGUAUACGAGGAUGAAGAUUUUUCAAUUCUUGGUAAAAGUUUCGGAAAACCAAUCCCACUACCUAGAGAAGAAAACAAUAAUAUUAUACUUGAUGAUAUUAACCCCUUAAGUUUCCAAGAUGCACCUUUGAGCUAUGGUAAUGAAAGUACAAAAAUAAUCGUCCCUGACGAAAUCGACACUGCUAAAGAAGAACCAAUUAUAUCCGAAGAGAAUAAACUAAUGUCAAAGAAGCCGCCAGUACCACCAAGGUCCAAAGACACACGCCUCUCUUCGGAGGAAAAUAGAAAACAUUUGGAUGGUCUCCCAAGAUUGGUAGACAAGCAUUUUUCUUCAGAAGAAAGUAAAAAAGAGUUACAGGAACUUCCAAAGUUGAUAGAGACGCGUCUUUCUUCAGAAAAAAGUAACAAACAAUUGGAUAAUCUCCCCAAGUUUGUAGAAAAACAUCUUUCUUCAGAAGAUAUAGAGGACCUCUCCGGGCUAUCAGACAGUUGUUUUUCUUCAGAAAAAAGUGAAAAACAAUUAGAAAACCUUCCACGGUUAAUAGACUUUCUACCUAAAUCAGUCAACGGUAAUAAAGAGGACAGUCCAACCGAAAUAAUGAAAAUGUUCUUAGAAAAUGAACGUUAUAAAGCAGAUUUCGAAUAUUUUGAUAAAGAAGCUGAUAACGUGGAUACUUAUAAUAAUAGCGUCGAUUUGUAUAGUUCAAAAUGGAGCUUAUCUUCACAAUUAGCAACCAUAGGCGAGGUUGAGGAAGAAGGAAGUUCGGAAUUCAAUUUUACCAGAAAUGUUGGUAAAUCCACUCCAGUUGUGAUUGUGGAAAACACAGAAUCAAACGAAGGAAAUCUACAAGAAGAUAUAGAAACAAUUAAUAAAGAACCAAAUGGAAGUAUGGCAACUCUACCAAGUGACUCCAGGCAGCCACCAGAUGGACAUGAGUUUCCAGAUUUCAUAGAAGAUCACUCUGCAACUUCUAGGCUCUACUACAAAGAAGCCGAUAUUAAUAUAAGUGCUUUUGAUGAAGAUUUUACGGAACAAACGAAAAGCAAAGAAUAUCCAGAACAAAAUAACUUGAUUAUAAGUCAGUCUGUUAGUACCUCAAGUACAGAUCUUCGGCCGAAAAUGUACGAAUCUUCUGAGAAUUUGAAAUUCGCCGACUUUUUGCACGAACCUUCACCGUUACAUACAAGAUCGCAAAGUUUAAUAGAUGUGUCGGCUUUAGCCAAGCAAAAGAAUACAAAACUCAAUCAAAUGUUUGAGCAUAGAAAAAAAGGUCUCUCAAAACUUAAGGGACUAGUCAUUCCUGAAGCAGCUGAAAGUGAUUUUUCAUCCAAUGUAAAUAUUCCAGAAAUAAAAAGUCAGACACCUGCAUUGUACCUUCCGGUGCCAAAAUUAACCAACCACUUUAGCAGUACUGAAACCAUUUUAACAAAUGACAGUGAUUUUUCUAGAACUUCAGUUACGUUUCCAACUUGGCAGUCAAAUAUACCAAGUAAUCUUCCUAAAUAUUCACCAGCUUUUAAGAGAAAAAGUCUGCAAAUUUAUAACACAAGUAUUAGUAAAAGUGAAAAUAGUGCUUACGCGCAUAACGAUGAUUUUCCUAAAUAUUGUGAUAAAGUUAGUCCUAAAGGAAGUAAAGUAAAUGAAGACGAUUUAAAUCCUCCCAAAUCGUUGGAAAGUAUUUCUUCACCGACUCGAUCAGACUGCAGUUUUGAUUAUGUAAGUUCCUUGAAAAAAUAUGGUAAGACAAACAGUGAUUCUUCGCAAAAAUUGAAUAGUAGAAUUGAAGACGAAAGUGACAACGAUUCAGCCGUAAGUUCCAGCCAGUCUAGUUAUAAUUCUAGAUAUUCUCCACCAUCAUCACCAACGAGAUCCUGUGACAUGAACUCUUAUUCAAAGAAAUUAGAGGAAGAUGAGAAAAGCGCUCAAAAUCGAUUAUUGAAACCUUCUAGUGUCGAAGCUAUAAACCGAAAGAAUAUUUUAGCCUCUGCAAAAUGUAGAAGUGGAAAAGAUUUAAAAAUCGGUUCUCCUGUGAUAAGGAGAAAGCAAGAAAUGCAAACUACUGACAUUGUUAACGAUCAAAACGGAAUAAAAGAGCCUGCACUACCGGAUCCAGUUGUAAUCGCUAAAAAGUCGAGCAUUAUUUUAGACCGAAAUACAAGAAUUACGGAAAAUAGACCACAACCAGAGAAACCUAGUGAAAUAGUGACUACAAAGAAUUUUAAAACGACCUCUAAAGAAAUCCUGCAAAUCAGAAAUAACGAACCCACAACAAAAGCAGUAACAAAAAAUAUAUUUCUAACGAUGAACUCCUCCACUCUCAACCCCGUGCCAAAAAAAAUGCCUGAAGAGCCAAAAGACAAACUUACAGAUUUUUUUUCGACUUCAAAAUCUAGAAAACCAGCACCGAUUAAUGUGAGAGCUUUGAAAAAAAGUUUUGAAAGUUUGGGUUCUCCUCCGCCUUUGCCACAAAAAGUUCCUGUUUACAAAUCGACGUUACCUAAACAAAAUAAUAAAAUAGACAAUGCCAUAAGUGAAAAUAUUGCUGCCACUCCGCUUAGGAACGGUGUUAGUAAACGCCACGCUGGAAAAAUAGAACCUAUUACACCAAUCGAAAAAAUAACAUCCUCGAAUGUUGACAGGCGAACUAUUGUUCUGAAAAUGGAUCCAAAAGGAACUAGUCUAGGAAUUACUCUAUCUGGAGGUAUUGACGAGAACAAAGAUAUAACGAUACAUCGUAUACGAUAUAACAGCAUGGCUUACCAUGAUGGUCGACUGAAACGAGGAGAUAAAAUAGUUUCUAUUAAUGAUAAAUCAACAAGUGGCUUGACUCAUAUGGAGGCAGUAAACUUACUUAAGGAACCAUUGACUGAGUUUUCCAUUGUGAUCGAAGAAGGAGAAAAUACUGUGCCAUCACCUGUUAGUAGCAUCAGCGGUAGUUUACAAAGAAGAUCAUCUUCAAUGUCCUCUGUGCUUUCAGGAACUAAAUCUCCUUCAUUGGAAGAAAAGAAAGCUAAUACAAUCAUAGCAAUAAAUAAAGACGGAGCAGGACUUGGAUUCAGUAUUGAAGGAGGUAAAGACUCACCACUAGGAGAUGUGCCAUUACGAGUGAAAAAAAUAUUUACAGGAGGCGCAGCAGACAAAUCCGGAAAUUUGGAAGUCGGUGACGAAAUAUUGAAAGUGAAUGACAUCAAUUUCACAAAUUUAACCAGAAUCGAAGCUUGGAAUUUAAUGAAGAAAAUUCCAGAAGGCAAAGUUGAAAUACAUAUAUUAAGAUAAAUUUUAUUCAUCAUUCGAAUUGAGUUACUUGUGUGAUUGCACUAGCCUUAGGUACAAAAAUAGAAGUCAGGGAAAACAGAAUCGAUUCUAGUGAACUCAAAGUAUGUAGCAAAACAAAUUUUUAUUUGUUCCUUUUUCUAAAUGGCAGCAAUUUUGGUUUGAUACAAUGUACCAAAAUCCUAGUGCUUCAAAUUAAUAACAACUUUAACAUUACGGAAAUAAAAUUAAAUCUUGCCAAAACAAUUGAGUAUUUGUACUUAUUUAAAAUAAAUUUAUUACCCACAUUUUUAUGCAUUACUUUCCGUUAUAAUUUUAUAUAUAUUUUAUAUAAAUGCUU